AUGGGCAAGGCGGCCAGGUGGCUCAGAAGCUUCUUGACCGGCAAGAAGGGCAAGGGCAAGGCGAGGGGAGGCGACGGAGGACCGUUGCCGUCGCUGCCGGCGCCGGCCGCCAAGGAGAAGAGGCGAUGGAGCUUCCGGCGUCCGGCGUCGUCGGUGAGCGGCAGGGACACGAUCAGCACGGCGUCCGGGUAUCAGGGGCAUGGCCGCCAGCUCGCGUCCACGUCGUCGUCGCACUGCUUCUCGGCCGAUGUGCACGUGGUGGCGACGGCGGUGCAGGAGGACCAGCUUGAGCAUGCCGCCGUCCCUGUGCCGCCGCUGCCGGCCGAGGCUGCGAUCGUUGCGGCUCCGGAGAACGGUGGCAACGCCGAGGAGGCCGCCGCCGUGAGGAUCCAGUCGGCCUUCCGAUCGUACCUGGCGAGGAAGGCGCUGUGCGCGCUGCGGGGGAUGGUGAAGCUGCAGGCGAUGGUGAGGGGCCAGCUGGUGCGGCGGCAGGCGGACGCGACGCUCCGGCGCAUCCAGGCGCUGGUCGCGGCCCAGAGGCGCGCGCGCGCCGAGCGGCUGCGGCUGCGGCUCCUCGAGGACGGCGGCGCGCCCGCGAGCCGCCGGUCGCCGCAGCACUACCUGCAGCACCGCUCCCCUCGGAAGACCGUCGCGGAGGCGGACGGCGCGCGGCACAGCAGCUGCUGCUCGACGCCGGGGAAGGGGGAUCCGUACAGCAGGCACAACCAUAGGGCCUCGCCGUCGCCGGCGACGCGAUCGGAGAACACGAGCGCGCGGACGUUCAGCGAGCGGUUCGAGGAGGAGCACUACUCGGCGUCGGCGGCGUCCUUCUCCGCGGCGGGGUCCGAGGCGAGCUGGCGCCACCAUCGCGGCGGCGGCAAGGCGUGCCACGCCCACGCCGGCGCCAGCGCCAGCGCUAGCUACAUGGCCAACACGGAGUCGUCGCGUGCCAAGCAGGCGCGGUCGCAGAGCGCGCCGCGGCAUCGGCCCGAGCCUGCCUCGCCGUCGCCGAGCGGGCGGCGAAGGGCUUCCCUGGACCCGCGGGACCUCGCCGCCGGCCAAGUUGGCCAGGCGCGCGCCCCCUCGCCCGGCAGGAGCUCCGUCGACGCGCGCGGCGCGCGUGAGGCCGAGCGGUAG